AGAGGCUUUGCGGCGGGGCGCCGCGCGCGCCUGUGGCGGGAGCAACAUUGUCCUGCCGCGGCUCCCGCCGCCGCCGCUGCUGCUCCCGCUGCUGCUGCUGGUGCCGCUCCCGCUCCCGCCGCUCCCGCCGCCGCCAUGCACAGGAAACAUCUUCAGGAGAUCCCCAGCUCCGGCAGCAACGUCUCGUCCGGCUUCGCCUGGGACUGGGAGUCGGGCAGGACGGCGGAGCUGCUGUCGGGCAUGGGGGUGUCGGUGCUGAGGAAGGAGCGGCUGGGCAGCGAGAACACCCCGCAGGAGCUGCUGGUGGCCGCCUGCUCCCCGCACAAGAAGCAGAAGGUGAAGGAGAAGGAGAAGGAGAAGGAGAAGGACUUCGUCAUCGUGCGCAGGCCUCGGCUGCUGCGAGAGGCAGAGCCAGGUGUUUCUUGGGAUGCACUUCCAGAUGAACUGCUAUUGGCAAUCUUUGCAUAUUUGCCUCUAAACGACCUGCUGAAAGUUUCCAUGAUUUGCAAGAGAUGGCAUUGUCUCUCGUUUGAUGAAUUUCUCUGGCAGACCCUUGAUCUGACUUGUAGAAAUCUGCUGCCAGGAGUAAUUGGACAGUUGCUACCUGCAGGUGUUACUGUUUUCCGCUGCCCAAGAUCAUCUAUUGGGAACCCACAGUUUAAAACCAUGAAACCUCUUCGAGUUCAACACAUGGAUUUGUCGAACUGCACAGUGUCUGUUCCAGAUCUCCACAGUAUUCUUUGUCGGUGCGAAAGACUGGAGAAUCUCAGCUUGGAGGGACUAGUGCUUUCUGAUGACAUCCUCAGAAGCGUUGCUAAGAAUACCAAUUUGAUACGACUAAACCUCUGUGGGUGCUCAGGGUUUUCUGCAGAAGCCCUGGAGUUGAUGUUGAGCAGCUGUUCUAUGUUGGAGGAGCUAAACUUGUCCUGGUGUGACUUUACAGCCACCCAUGUCAAAGCAGCAGUCAAUCACGUUACUUCAAAAGUAACCCAACUAAAUUUAAGUGGAUACAGACAGAAUCUACAAAUAUCAGAUGUUAAAACGUUGGUGGAAAGAUGUCCUUCUCUUGUCCAUUUAGAUCUAAGUGACAGUGUGAUGUUGAAGCCUGAGUGCUUCCAGUAUUUUCAUCAACUCGUAUUUCUACAACAUCUGUGUCUUAGCCGAUGCUACCAAAUAUCACCUGCUGCCUUAGUAGAACUUGGUGAAAUUCCAACAUUAAAGACUCUUCAGGUAUUUGGAAUAGUGACUGAUAGCUCCCUACAGCUCCUCAGAGAAACGCUUCCUGACAUGAAGAUCAAUUGUUCACAUUUUACAACUAUUGCAAGGCCAACUGUUGGCACUAAAAAGAACCAUGAGAUUUGGGGCAUCAAAUGCAGGUUGACACUGAGAACCCCUAGUAGCUUAUGAUCGUGCAUGGUGGACGUGAUGGACACACUGCGUGUAGUGAAGAUCAUGAGAAGCAGAGUGAUGGAGCACCUCUAAUCAUAGGACUGUUUUUAUAAAAUGUUCUAACUUGGUCUUAUGCCUUAAUGUAGUUUUAUAAGUAUUUUUAUACUUAUUACACAAGUAAUAAGUGUAAAAGUGGUAUAAGUGGUAUAAAGGAGCUAUUGUGAAGUUUUUUACAUGCCACGAAGGUAACUUCUGUUUUUUGCAUUGAUCUAGGAAAAUAUGAAAAAUAGGAAAAUAUGAAAAAUAAGAAAGUAUGGGCUGGAAAGUCCAUUCAGAAUAAUCAUCUGUAAAAGUGGCUAACAGUUGGUCCAUGUUGUGUUGCCAGGUUUUCCUUAGCGUGUUAGAGAACUUUUGUGUACUUUUCCUUGCUUUUAUGAACUUGAAGUAGGAAUGUAAUAUCAAAACUUCUUAUGAAAGUUCUGUUCUUUCAAAGAA